GUUUGCCAUGAUCCCGCGGAACCAAUUCGCGUCCACCUCGCGCCUGAGCUCCACCUGCAUUCCAAUCACUCAAACGCUCCCGAUCGGAAGUAGUUGCAUUAUGCACAUUCAUUAACUUCCUUGUCACAGUGCUGCGAAUAUCAGUAAAAUACAAAUAGUGAACAAGAUGCGUGCGAUACACCCCAAAGUGACAUCCAAUAAUGCGCUUACUAGUAGUACUUUUCUGCAUCUUCUUCUACCUCUUUGGAGUGAUCCAAGCUACACCUACAACAAAUACAACAAAUACAAUUACUGGCGACAGUUUUAAAGCCCCAUCAUUCACGACAAGAACUCGAUGGACAAUCGUCUCCAGCUCCGUUCUCACUAUAUUUGCGUGUAUCUACACCGCCAUUCACCCUAAUAUUCCGAGUCCCAAAGACAACACCCUUCAUAUCCUACGGCGGCGACUUGGGAUCAUGAUAAUGGCACUUCUCGCUCCAGAACUAAUUGUCGCAUGGGCUAUGCGUCAGUCGUUCAGUGCUCGUCAGGUUACAAGACAGUUCAAGGAAUCGGGGUAUCCCAGCGUUGGUCCGAAGUCGGAGUCUCAUGAAGAAAAGGAAUCUGUUGAAGUACCUCAGCCUCGCCCACCUCAGGCAGGACAUUUCGGUGCCUAUAAAGGGUCUAUCAGACCCGGUUUCUAUGUUGUGGGAAACACGUCUGCAAGACCCACCCACCUUCCUAUCUAAUAAUAGCUUACAUAUAGGAUUAGCUCCUGCGCCUCCAGCGACCCUCCCACGAGCCUAUAGCACCUCCCGAUGACCUCCCGUCCUUGAUUUUGUAGCUUUUGGUGGCUCAUUGGUGGGCUCUGGUCUUGUAGGGUCAUCUGGUAGGCCUGGGAGUUUCUAUUUAUGUAUCAUAACUAAUAAUCAAAGUACUUGGCACUGUCUGGCGUCUGUAAUAUGUACUAUGGUCCUUGUGCAAGUUGACGCAUUCUUCUCGCCAUGACCCCAACCAAAUCCCUCAAUACUCG